CAGGGCGUAACAAUUAAUGUGCUUUCUUGAAGCUCUUCUCGCAGAGGUGUAGAUUGAUUCUUCUCCAAACCAAGUCAGUCGUUAUUGCCAGAUUCUCUGAGUCCGCAGAAUAACCUCGUUUGAAUACUUGAUUGAUCUUUCUUAUAGUUAAGACUCAGCAGGAAUCAGUUAUUAUGGCAUUCACACGACGAGCACCUCUUCUACGCUGUCUGCCAUUGGUUGUAGCGUGUAUUCUAACACCAACCCUCAUACAAACCAUACACCAAGAUGCCAUGUUUACUCCUUCUAUGCUAUGUCAUUAUGAUGCCGAGCAGAAGAAAGCUGAUUGCUAUUAUCGUGGGCUGGACUCCAUCCCUCAGAAUCUUCCAGGCGAUAUUAAAGAACUGGACGUCGGGUCCAACAAUAUCACUUUCAUCUUGAGUUCUUCUUUCAAGAGAUACCCUUUGAUCCAGGUCUUGGAUCUUUCCUCAAACGACAUCAGAAUGAUAGAAUCUGCAUCUUUUUACCCUCUAAAGGAAUUAAAUCACUUAAUACUAUCAUUCAACCCUAAUAUUGUUCUCCCAGCUACAGACCUGUUCAGGUGGUCUAAGAACCUGUCCAUUCUGGAAAUGUUUGAUGCGAAUCUGAAGCUGCUUCCAAACGACACUCUGAAAUGGAGCCCGUCUGUAGAUUCUUUAAACCUUAACUUCAACAAACUCACUUUCGUUGACAUGGGCCUUUGUGGCAGAGCAACGAAUGUUGGCUUGGCUUUCAAUGAAAUCGAGCAGCUCACGGCAGAAUCUGUCAUCUUCGGAUGUCAGAGUGAUUAUGUGGAUCUGAGAGGGAAUCCUAUUAAAUCAGUGGACCCAAACGUAAUUGCAUCCUUGCAUGCCCGAUCACUGGUCCUUGGACAAUACCCUUUGACACUUGAGAUACUGAAGGAUACUUUUAUCGGGAUCUGUCGCUCUGAAAUAGUGGAGCUCACUAUAAUUCAUGCCAAUUUCACAGUCUUGCCACGAGAUGUCUUUGGUCUCUUGCGUAAUUGCUCUCUUUCCGUGCUUCGAUUCACCGACCAAAAGGUACAAUCCCUCUCUCUAUACGUGUUCUCAAACUUGACAAGACUCGUGGAACUUGAUCUAACGUUCAACGAAAUCGUCACUGUUGAACCAGUAUUCUUUCAAGGCAUGCGGGAGCUAAAAGUUUUGAACUUGAACUUCAAUAAAGUAAAAUACAUAAACCCCAAUUCCGACGUAUGGGCACUGGACUUGAAUGAGUUGCACUUACGCGGCAAUUCUUUGACAGAAAUCUCAGAAUUCGCAUUUUUUGGUUUGCGAAAUCUAACGCUGUUAGAUCUGAGCUUGAACAAAGCCCUUAUUGUCCUGGAAAUCACGUCGUUUUCGAAACUGAUGGGAAUUAAAACCAUCGACUUGAACUAUUGCAGUUUUUCCAAAUUUCAACCGGUAGCCCCGAACUUAACGACCCUUUUCCUGAAUAACAUGAACAGCCCAAUGGUCUUCAUGCAAGCUGGAAUAGCCUUCAAAGAUUCACAAGGCCUUGUAGAUUUGGAAAUCCGUGAAUCGGGGCUGUUGAUAUUUAAUCUCUUGGAUAAAACCCUGAAUGUCUCUCUUUUUGACGGAUUGUCAAAUCUUACUACUUUGGAUCUGAGCCACAAUUAUUUAGAUCUUUACUUUCCAGAUGACUUUCCAGCUAGGAUCUUCGAACAACUCUCUGCUCUCCAGACCCUUAGUUUAGAAGACUGUCAUAUUUCAUGCCUUCAUCCUUUAGCUUUUACGGGAUUGACAUCGCUUCGGGUGCUAAAUUUACGUGGAAACGUAAUUCAACAACUUAACUUUGAUAUAUUCAAAAUGUUAGAUCAAGUGACAAUUAUCGAUCUUGAUGACAACCUUUUGGCAUACCUCGAUGAACAACUAUUCUCGAACAAUCCUAGACUGAAUACACUUUUGCUAUCAAACAAUAAAUUAACCCGUCUCAACCAAACGACAUUUGAACCGAUAGAAUCUUCGCUUCUAUCUUUCGAUCUUUCAUUGAACCCUAUCGAGUGUAACUGCAACCUACGAUGGUUCCGCGAUUGGAUAAGUGGACAUAUUGACGUCAUUGACGAGAACAGAACCGUCUGUUCACCAGCCUCUUUAGAGCCCCUUCGCGGGAAACCUUUCCUUGAUUUUGAUCCUAAUAAACUUUGUGGACUUAACAUUGUUCUUGUAUGCUUGACUCCUCUCGCCGGCAUUUUCUUGGUUGUCAUCGUCGCGGUCCUUUAUCACAACCGAUGGCAGUUGAAGUACAAAUUCUUUCUCUUGAAACUAAUGGUAAUUGGAUAUAGAGAGAUGCGAGACGCCCGGGACCACAACGACUACGAGUUUGACUUGAAUAUCAUAUUCUACGAUGACGACGAAGAAUGGGUUCGUCAACAACUCCAACCAGCUCUGGAAGAACGGCUUCCGCAGUUCCAGAGGAAUGUCUUUGGUGAUCAAGACCUCGUCAUUGGUAUGCACUAUCUGGACGCCGUCGACUACGUGGUGAGCCAUAGUUACAAAACCAUCAUUCUACUCAGCAGAGCCGCCGUGCACGAUCGUUGGUUCAUGCUCAAAUUCCGCAUCGCCAUGGACCAUGUGAGCGACACCCAGACCGAAUUCGUAGUCGUGGUCUUUCUCGAAGACAUCCCUGACGAGGAGAUACCAUUCUUAGCAAGGUUAUAUUUAAGUGACGGCAGACCCUACCAACAUUGGACCGAAGACGUAAGAGAUCACGAUUUUUUCUGGAAUGCACUGGUGAAAAAUCUCACCAUUAAUCUCAGGACCAAUGACUUGAUCCCCAACGAGUAGUAACGGUCUGACUUAUUUUCGGGCAGACCCAUGCUAGUUUGUUCCAAACAUUACUGUACACAUCUCAGAUUUUAGUAUAUCUGAUUCAUGUAUUAAGCUAAUAGCCCUAUUAGAGCUUGGAUCAAUCUAGAUAUGAAGUGGCAAACACAUCUGAUACCGGUUGAUGGAAGAAAUAGCAAAAAUGACUCUUAAUGUUACUCUAGACCAGGGAUCCCCCAAAGUCUGGACCGCGGGGCAUGUUAAUCCGGACCGUCGGGAAGGCUCUUUUUUUGUUUAUCCUUAAGAAGACAGGGGGGCAGAAUCAACUCUGCCCCUAUCUUUUUGGUACCAAAUGUAUAUAAUUUCGACCAAAGGGUACCAUGGGUACUGCGUAGUGUCAAAAAUCACCGCGCUGCCAAAAUGAAAAUUUUCCCAUAAAUUAUGUACUGUACACCAUGCGGAAUUGUCACUUCGCGGAUAUGUGAAUAGUUAAUUAGUAAUCAUUCAAAAGUCAUUCGAGACAUAGAUAUGAAAUUUCAUGAACUUAUUCUGUAUGAGAUCCUCUAUCAAAAUGCCAAGUUUAAUAAUUUUUCGUAAUUCCAUGGCUGAGAUUCCAAGGGGGCGACCCCCCCUUCUUGGCUGAGAGCUCAUGUUUUGAUUGAGUUUUGGAAAUAAAAUUAUUUGAAUUGAAUUGAAUUGUGUACCAAAAUAACCCGGUCUUUUAAGGAUUAAACUGUAACAAUUCCCCUUAGAUCAGUUAUAGACAUACAUGUAAACACAAGCCUCAUUUUCUUCAGUAUACAAGUGCCAUUACUGUAUAUAUUAGGAGUAGAUUGUCUGAACAUUUGCAUUAAUGCCUUCGUCUUUCAAUCACUCCAUUUGUGCCAAUGUUUAGGCAGAUUAUUGCUAGAAAACAGUGCUACUUUUCCCACUGAUAUACCCUACAGGUAUACCAGAACUCCCACUUGACUGUCUUAAUUCUUGAAAUGAAGGUACGUGUAAAGACACGAAUGUAUGAUAUCACAAAUCCAUAUUUAUGGAAAUAAUUGAUUAAGUAGACUAAAUCUGCCCAUUGUUUCGGACCUUUCAGCUUUCAUAGAAUCACAUCUGGAAAGUCAAGGAAAAAGUUUGAGAACCCCUGCUCUAGACCUAUGAAGAUUUGGUAGAUUAAACUUAAGUUUGGAUAUUAAUCUUGGUAUUAUCUGUAUGAACGUUUAAGCAUAUCAAAUAAUGUUGGAUUAUGAAGUGAUGAUGAAAAAAAUGAUUUUGUUUCAUAUUAAAAAAAAUAAAAAAGGGGAAGUUAUAUUAAAUAGUUACAUCUCCAUGAUAGAAUGGUGUGCUCGGAUGUGA